GAGGAGAGCUCGUCCGACACCGAGUCGGAUGGGACGAUCGACGUGGGCCGGGAGGAGGAGUACAGCCACGUUUCCAGGUCUGUGUCUCCCACUACAACAUCUCAGAUACAAGCCAGGAAGAAGCGGAGAGGGAUCAUUGAGAAGCGGCGCCGUGACCGUAUCAACAGCAGCCUGUCCGAACUGCGGCGCCUGGUGCCCACCGCCUUCGAGAAGCAGGGUUCUUCCAAGCUGGAGAAGGCAGAAAUUCUACAAAUGACCGUAGAUCACUUAAAAAUGCUUCACGCCACUGGAGGAACAGGCUUCUUAGAUGCUCGAGCUCUGGCAGUGGAUUACAGAAGUAUCGGCUUCCGCGAAUGUCUCACUGAAGUUGUCAGGUACCUGGGUGUCCUCGAGGGCCAAAAUGCCACCGACCCCAUCCGGCUGCGACUCCUCUCCCACCUGAAUAAUUAUGUGGCAGAAAUGGAGCCUUCGCCUGUGGCCACUUCCCUCCUGCCCAUCCAGACGUGGCCGUGGUCCUUCCUCCACAGCGCUGCUGGCCCCGUGCAAAUCCCCAGGAGGGAGGCUGCUCCCGCUCCGGUUGUUUUGACUGCAUCUUCCCUGGCUUACCCAAGCCCUGCUGUGAGGCCAGCCCCGCUUCGCCGUGUCCCUGGUGACAUGCUGCCAUCCCGCCGAAGCUUCCUGGCCAGCAGGAUGGCCUCUUCCAGCCGGAGGGCCCGAGGCGGCGGGGUCGGGCAAGGGCGCACCCCCGCUUGGUCGCCACCCGCCGCGGCCGUGCCCAGGAUGCCAUCGCCAGCGGGUGUGUUGAGAGAGGGCUCGUCCAAGAGCAGCCAAAUCGCAACGUUCCUCUUCUCACCAGCCUCUGCUGGCGUCCCUGUCCCACCAGCUUACACGGUGCCUCCUGCCUUGGGUGCUGCUGCGCAGGGACCUGGGAUCAGGGUUGGGACAUCCAGAAUCUGCCGCUCCUGGGCUACUGAAAUCGGGGCUUUCUGA